AUGGAAUCUGGGUUAGUCAGAAUUGCAGUGGAAUGUGACAAAGAGAAAGGAGUGGAGAAGAAAGCUGAGAGAUUGUUGGAAGAGCCAAUGUGGAGGACUUAUUGCAAUGGCAAGAAAUGUGGUUUCGCUACAAGGAAGGAAUGUGGGCCUAAAGAGUGGAAGGUAUUGAAAGCUGUAGAGCCAAUUUCAAUGGGUGCAGGUGUUUUGCCAGGGUGUUCAGCUGAUGGCGAACUCAUGUACAUGAGAGCCAAGUUUGAGAGAAUUGUGGGGUAUAGAGAUUCCGAGGCUUUCUACAAGAUGAAUCCUGGUAGCAAUGGAGCAGGCCUGGCCUGGCUCACAGGCUUGCACAAACAGUACCAAUCAGCAUUUGUUGCAAUGGCUUCUCAGUUCUCACUGUCUCCAUCUGGUUCGUCUCCUCCACCAAAUUCACCAACCACUGCUACACUACAGAAGAAGAAGAAGGUAAGUAUUAUUGAUGGUGUCAGUGCUGCAUUGAGCUCUGAUGACAUCCUAUGCGAGAUCCUCCUUCGGGUGCCACCAGAUACACUUUUCAGAUUAAUCAUAGUAUCGAAGAGGUGGCUUCACACUGUCUGCAGCUCUGUUUUUUGUCAACAUUAUCUGAGACGAUGGCCACUGGCUUUUCGCAUGUUGGGCUUCUUUGUGUGCAAUAAUUUGUACCUUGGGAGAGGUCAAAGUGGUUUACGCCGACCACUAACUGAACCUGCUAUGCCAUUAUUGUCAACUUGUAAAGAGGGUGAUGACUUGAAGUUCUCUAAGAUCCUCAAACAGUUUGGUUACUUCAUUGACUCUUCCAAUGGCCUUCUUCUUUGUGGUCGCCACCCAAAGAGAUAUUUUGUUUGGAAUCCCAUCACCAAACAACACUACAAACUACCUAAGCCUCGAGUAUACUUUGAAGACUUGUGCAUGGCAUUCCUUGCUGAGGAUCAUCCUAGUGACAAUAUGUGUUACAAGGUCAUUCGGGCAAAAUGUGAUUUCAAUCUUGAUGAUGAAAUGAAAACUGUCCCCAUUGAGACAUUCAAUUCCAAGACUAGAACAUGGAAUUUUUCUACACUGACGUGUCUUCCAACUCUGUCACUAUGUCCUUGGUCAGCGGCCACUGUGGUGAAAGGUGCUGUUCACUGGUAUGCAGCACAGAGAAACUUAGCAAUCUAUGACCCUGAUAAUGGUGAGAGGCGCUUAUCUUCAAUUAAACUACCAGGCUCAAUUGAUUUUGAGGAGCGUGCACUGGGGGAGUCCUUUGAUGGGCUUUUGCAAUAUGGUUGGAGCAGUAAGUCAGGCUUGGAGAUAUGGGUUCUUAGAAAUGAAGAAGUUGGCCAUGCAAUAGUUCCCUCAGAUGACGGAUGCCCAAACAAAAGUUGGAACUUGAGAUAUAGAUUGAACUUCAAAACAAUGUGGAAGAAGAAUCCGACAUUCAUGACAAAAUUUUGCACGCGUGAUAAAGAAACUCAGAUACUGUCAUUUCUUCAUCGAAACUCUGAAUCUGUCUGCAUCAGAUCUGGUUCAGACAUAUUUCUCUUGCACCUCAUGGACCAAAAGGUUGAAGUUGUUCUUUAUAAUGGUCGUGGUUCGUCCAUUUCCUGGGAUUUCAGCAGAGUGGCACCUUACUUCAGGCCAGAUUGGCCUCAUUCUUCCUUAUGCCUUUGUUGA